UCUAGGCUAUAUUUUUUCUUAUAAUAUUCUCUCUUCUAGAAGAAAUUCGAAUUUGGAGAAAAAAAACCCUUUGAUCAAAGGGUUUCUUUAUAUAAUCAUACUCAUCUCUUCACUUUCUUCUGCAAAUUCAUUUCACCACUAAAUAUAAUCAAAAAAGAAAAAAGGGUUCCUAUAUUUUCAAUUAGAUCUUGUUUUUACAGACUUACAAAAUAAAAAUAAAAAUGGCAGAAUCAAAUCAAAAAAUCACAGUCCUUGUCACUGGAGCUUCAGGCUUAACUGGUGAAAUUGCAUUCAAGAAGCUGAAAGAAAGAUCAGACAAAUUUGUGGUUCGGGGUUUAGUAAGAUCAGAAGCAAGUAAACAAAGACUUGGUGGAGGUGAUGAAAUUUUUCUAGGUGAUGUCAUGGAUAAGAAAAGCCUUGAAACUGCUAUGCAAGGAAUUGAUGCGUUGAUUAUACUAACAAGUGCUGUGCCAAAGGUAGUACCUGGUUCAUAUCCUGGUGCUGAUGGCAAAAGAGCUGAGGAUGUAUUCGGUGAAUCAUUUGAUUUCAAUGGUCCAAUGCCUGAAUUCUAUUACGAGGAAGGGCAAUUCCCUGAACAGAUUGAUUGGAUUGGACAAAAGAAUCAGAUCGAUACUGCGAAAUCUUGUGGUGUGAAACAUAUUGUUUUGGUUGGAUCAAUGGGUGGAACUGACCCUAAUAAUUUCUUGAAUCACAUGGCUAAUGGAAACAUACUUGUUUGGAAGAGAAAGGCUGAGCAAUAUUUGGCUGAUUCUGGAAUCCCAUACACAAUUAUAAGGGCUGGUGGUUUAGAUAACAAGGUAGGUGGCAGGGAAUUGUUGGUCGGGAAGGAUGAUGAGCUUCUCUCUACUGAAAACCAUUUCAUUGCUAGGGCUGAUGUUGCUGAAGCUUGCGUUCAGGCUCUGCAGAUUGAGGAAAGUAAAUUCAAAGCGUUUGAUUUGGGAUCAAUGCCAGAGGGAGUUGGUGAGCCAACAAAGGAUUUCAAGGCUCUUUUUGCACUAGUCACCACUCGUUUCUGAAUGUUGAGAUCCAAGAACAACUUAUCAUCUGCUAUGGAUUCUUGAGCUUGUUUGUACUUUAUGCUUCUUAAAUUUACAGAAUUACACAGAAAUAAUGUAUUGCCUGUUUAAAAUGACACUUUGCCACUAUUCCUCGUCCAAAA